CUACAGCCUUUGAUACCCCUUUAACGUCGUUCUCUGCUAAUGAUGCCUUCAGCCUUCCCCUCGCGUUCUCUCUCAACGCGGAUCAUCAUCCUGGUACUCUUCUCAAGCCUUGCCUCUUUCGCCAUUGGAGCUACUACUGGCUCCUCAACAAGCAAUGAUCGUCAUCACUCUACUGAUAUGGACACCAACGUCGUGGUGGUUCCUCCUCUGCCUCUCAUCGACGCCGCUAGGAUGCUCAUAUUGGACGUGGUGCAGAGCAUGUCAAUGGAGUUCACCUUCGCUCUGGUCUUCGUGGCGAGCUUCCUAGCCUCGCGAUACCUCAGAGCUCAGUCUAUACCAUCAGGCCCUGUGAGCGACUUCCCAUUAAGCACACCGUCGGAGCAGUCUAGUGCAAAGCCUUCACCUCUCCCAACGCCAAUCCAUAUUCAGCCGACGGUUGAUGCAGCCGAGUCGCCUCCCCCAGGAGUUAUCAAAGGUGUGGUACGAGUGUUACCAUUGACACCAGUGGCUGAGGAAGAUGACGAUUCAACUAGCAAGCCUCUUGAACGAGUAAAAGCCAUAACAGAGCUCACAGGGAGCCGCUAUUCAGCUGCUGUAUUGGCGUAUAGUAAAUUGAAGGACAGUGGUGACCUUGCGAAUUUACUAGUAGAAUCGUCUUUACACCCGAGUGGUCGAGAAUCGGUGACAGAGAUGUAUAACUCUCUGGCGUUAGCAGCUGUCCGAGUUGGACCCAAGGCCACCACGGUUACCUUUGAUGUUAGACGGUGCUUGAGGGACAUGACCGACGUCGGAAUUGAAAUCACCGAUGACUUGGUCGUGAGCAUCACAAAGAUAGCGACCUCCAAGCAUCGAUAUAGGGAGUGCUUAGCCCUGCAUCGUGAUUUUUUGGAGGGAGAGUUGGGACGAAAACCGUCCACUGACAAGACCGUCAACAGCUGUUUGCUCUUCUGCUCUGUGGAAUCGGAGGAGUACUCGGAGUGUGAGAAAUUUGCUCGACGAGUGGUAGCGAGCGGAGAGGUCCCAGCGGCUAAGGACUUUGCUAAUAUGAUGAAGUUCUAUUUCGCCAUUGGGAAAGUUGAUGAAGCGUUGAAGUUGUUGAAGGUCCUGCGGGCUAAGGGCCUAGUGCCCGACUUGAUCACGUGCAAUACACUGAUAAGUAACUGCGUGAAUGCACGACAACUGGGAAUGGCUGAAAUGAUCCUUCGCGAGCUGGUGAAGGUUGCUGAGAAUACUGAUCAUGCAGUGGCUGAUGUGGUGUCGUUCAACACGGUUAUGAAGGGCUAUUCUCGGCAGGGGAAUGUCGCCAAGUGUGACGAGCUGAUGAGCAUCCUCGAAACCAAGGGAAUACAGCCUACGGUUGUGACAUAUGGCAUCUUACUAGACUGUUGUAUUAAUGCUGACGACAUGGGUAGAGCGCAGAGGGUCUUUGAGGCGAUGAGACAAGCUCAGUCGACGCAAGAUGAUGAGGACGGUGAUGAUUCUGAGAAGCGGCAUCUUGGACUGAACACAGUAAUGUACACUACUUUGAUAAAGGGGUAUGCUAAGGAGGGGAAAGUGGAGUCUGCAAUGGACGUAUUCGCAGAGAUGCGCAAAGCGGAGGUGCUUCCGGAUCUUAUUACUUUCUCGAUAUUGAUAAAAUCCAACUGCGAUGCGGGGAAGGUGGAUUGUGCACCGACUAUGGCAAUUCAGAGGGAAGGGUACAAGCCAGAUGAGAUUAUAUAUAACAAUUUGUUGUAUGGCUGCUGUAUCCCUUUGAAGGACUUCAAGACGCCUAUUCACAGUCGCAAGGGCUUGGCUGAUCAGAUCUUGCUGGGGAUGAUGGAAAAUAAAGUUGUGGCAUCAAGUGCGACGUUCAGCAUCUACAUGAAAGUUCUCCUCGCGACCGCAGCGGAUGAGGUUGACCGUAGCGGCCCUUCUCACAGUAGUCGCCUGUACAAUGAUGUUUUUGUACGCUCUCUCAAGCUACUCGAUACCGAAAUGGAAGCAGUGUAUGGAGUUAUACCCGAGCUGAGGUUGUAUACACAGCUCACACAGCAAACGAUACGCCAUCGUAAUUGGCGUAUGGCGCUCGAGGUUUGUAGCAGUAUGGUGAGUCGGCAUCUGCGUAAUCUGCGGCCUGAUCAGCCGCAGCCAGCCAUCCCUAAGGGGACAGCGAGCACACGCAACCCCGCGCCUAAGAACAGGGUGGAUACGAUCACUCAGCAGACUGUGGAAACACUAUUGGCGACCUCCAUAACGUUCGGCCUCCUUGAUACAACUUUACAGCUCUUGGAACUUUUCAUAAAAUUUAAAGUUACGACUGUAAAUAGUCCUAAUGCACCGUUGAUAACGAAGCUGAGCGGGAUGCUGCAGAAGAAGAAGCGGGGCGAGUUCUAUAUCGAGCACAUGCAUAGGAUAGUAGAGACAUACCGCAAAGACCCAUCGUUAUUCGGGUCUAAUUAUGUGGUGUAUCGUCGCGACAGUCCCAGUCACCACAAGGGCUAUUGUCGCACUGCGGGUGGCAGGCAUGGCCACGCCGACCGUGGGCGAUGGUGAUACUCUCGAAUGAGUUGUAUACUGAUUAUCGAGCUCACGUUGUCUGAUGAGGCAGCUCGUUUGGCUGGCUCAUCGUUCUGCUGGUGAUCCUCAGUGGGUCGCCC